ACCUCCAGAUCAGUGUAAAACUCCAAUUUGAAAGCUAAGAAGGGACAAAAACUAGCGGCAUAACCACAAUCCGAACCGUGGGACCUCCACAGAGGGAAUGAAUUUAAUAGAAACUGGUGCAACCAUAGGACAAACUUCUCCAAGUUUUAAAAAACUUUAAACAAACAAGAUACGCAUGGACCUUAACGGGCAGAAGACAGUGCUAUCACUAUGGGAAUAGUUUGAAUGAGUCUACGUUUCAGCGAAAAGUGGUUAUUUUUGUAGAUUCGUAAUAGUCAUCGUGUAUUUUUCCAUUUUGUUUUGUGGCACACCAGCAGGCAGGACUGUGGAGUCUCUUUUGCCGGUCGCGUGGCUUCUUUGUGUACAGCUGCUGCUUCUAUGUGCAUGCUGAAACACCGUGGCCUGGAACAGAAUCCCCAACCCACUAGGAAAAGGUCUAACAUCACACAACUGCUUUUAGGCUUUAAAUCAGGAGCACCAACAAACGCCAGUGAAAGAGGAUUACCUAAACUUCACACUUCGUCCCUUUCCCUUUCCCCGAGCUGUCCCGCACCGUCCCGACUACAGCCUUCUCGUCUCUCUCCAUUGCUUACUGCGCGUGGAUUGUAAAAAGAGAAAACAAAUUGAGCUCAGUUCAUUGUACAGCUGCGCUCUACACAGAAACAUCAUGGAUGUACGCUUUUACCCGGCUGCCGGAGGGAAUUCUAUUCCUGGAGAGCCACCGAACCUGGAUUUUUCCCACUGUUUGGGCUAUUACAACUAUAAUAAGUUUGCAAACAACAACAACUACAUGAACAUGGCCGAAGCCAACGGUGGUCUGCUCCCGGGUGGUGAUACGUUCCACACCCCCAGCCUGGGCGACGAGGAGUUUGAGAUCCCCCCCAUCACCCCUCCCCCGGAGACGGAGUCUGGCAUGGGCCUGUCAGAGGGCGACACGCCCUUCCCCAACCUGCCCGAGCCCCCACCUCCACAGAGGGGCAACUUCACCCCCCAGUUCCCCCCUCAGAGCCUGGAGCUGCCCUCCAUCACCAUCUCCCGCAACAUGAUGAACCAGGACGGAGGCCCGUUGCCCAUGAACAUUGGACAGGCCCACCUUCGCCAGUAUGCCCCCAACCCAGCCAUGGUGAUGAGGUCCAUCAUCAGCAUGAACAAUCCCAAUGGCAUGAUGUCGCGGAACCAGCUGACCACCAUCAACCAGUCCCAGCUCAACGCUCAGCUGGGCAUGAACAUGACCGGGCCCAACAUCGCUCACACCUCCCCAUCCCCGCCUGCCAGCAAGUCGGCCACGCCCUCCCCUUCGAGCUCCAUCAACGAGGAUGAAGGCGAUGAAGGCAACAGACAGAUGACCGGGGAGAAACGUCCAGCCCCCGAUGCCGGGAAGAAGCCCAAGACCCCCAAGAAGAAGAAGAAGAAGGACCCCAACGAGCCCCAGAAGCCGGUCUCGGCCUACGCGCUGUUCUUCAGAGACACCCAGGCCGCCAUUAAGGGGCAGAACCCCAACGCCACCUUCGGGGAGGUGUCCAAAAUCGUGGCCUCCAUGUGGGAUGGUCUGGCAGAGGAACAGAAACAGGUCUACAAAAGCAAAACAGAAGCUGCCAAAAAGGAAUAUUUAAAAGCCCUCGCAGCCUACCGUGCCAGUCUGGUCUCAAAGGCGGCAGCGGAGUCGGCCGAGGCCCAGACCAUCCGCUCUGUCCAGCAGACGCUGGCCUCCACCACCCUGUCCCCGGGCCUGGUGCUGCCCUCGCCGCUCAACCAGCACCCCUCCAUGUCGGCUGCGGCCGCCGCCGCCGCGGCCCUCCAGCAGGCCCUGCCCCGAGCCAUCGCCCCCAAGCCCCUGCAGAUGGGCGGCAACCAGAUCGUCACCUCGGUGGCCGUGGCCCACCAGAACAUGCCCGGCGGCAUCCCGUCGCAGCUGCUGGGCCAGAUGGGUCCGGGCGGCAGGGCCAUGGGAGGAGGCGGCGGUGGCGGCGGCCCGCCGCAGGUGUCCGGGCCGGGCUCGCAGAUGAGCCCGCCCAUGCCGGGCGUGCAGCAGCAGCAGCAGCAGCCCGCGUCCCUGCAGCAGCUCCAGCAGCAGCAGCAGCAGAUGCAGCAGCACCUGCAGCACCACCAGAUGCAGCAGCAGCAGAUGCACCACCAGCAGAUCCAGCAGCAGAUGCAGCAUCAGCAUUUCCAGCACCACCUCCAGCAGCAGCUGCAGCAGCAUCACAUGCAGCAGCAACAGCAGCAGCAUCAGCAGCAGCAUCAGCAGCAGCAUCAACAGCAGCAUCUGCAGCAGCAGCAUCAGCAGCAAAUGCAGCUCCAGCAAAUGCAAAUGCAUCAGCUGCACCAGCAGCAGAUGCAGCAUCUCCAGCAACAGCAGCAGCAGCAGCAACAACAACAACAGCAGCAGCAGCAGCAGCAGCAGCAGCAGCAGCACCAGUCUCAGUGUUCCCCUGCCCAACACUCCCCUGGUACCCCCCACUCGUCCACACUAGGCAGCCCAGCCCCUGCCCAGGCCUCGGCCCCCCCGCAGCACCACCCCUCGCAGAUCCAGGCCCACGCCCUGUCCCAAGUUAGCAUUUACUGAGCCAAAAUGCACACACACGUGCGGUCAAUCCUAUUUCAGAGUGGAGGAAUAGAGGAAGAAAAAUAAAAGCAUCAUUCCAAGUUGCUUUUCUAAGUUGCACUUAAGAAGUGUGUAAGAAUUAGAAUGUUUUACAAAGAACUGUCCAUUGUUCUAGACGGAUAUUCAGAUGUGUAAAA